AUGCCGGCCGCCUGGCGUCGGGCCUGCCGCAACGCCGCCGCCGUGCCCAAUAAUAGUUGCAGCUCGGCGGCCGCCUCGCUCUUCAUCGAGGACAUCGGGUUCGAUUACUCGCUCCUGGACCUCCCGUCCGACGACCUGUUCUUAGAUGAAGCCACCCCCGGUUUUCAGUGGCCCGGCCAGGGCUCCUUAUCCGCCAGCUCGCCUCCCCUUCUUCGUGGUUCCAGCGGCGGCUCUGCGGCGGCCGACUCCCCAUCACCCUGGUUCCUCCAGCCUUCGACGUGGGUGAUCGAGCACACGACCCCGAGCGCCGCGGGCGAGCAGCCAGAGUCUAGCCUGCACGCCUAUAUCGCCAGCGUGCGGUCCUGGCUCUUCGCCUGGGUCUCGGAGCCUAGCAACCCGCUCAUCCACCCGCAGCUGUACUGUGCCGUAUACCAGGGUGGUAUGCCGCGCUGCGUGCAAGACGCCUAUACAGCAGUGACGACGUACAAGCACCGCACAGCCGCCAGCACGCCGGAGGCCCUGCGGAUCCUGGACGCGCGCGCGGAGCAGCUGGUCGCGGACCAGGCCCUGGACGAGACGCUGGCGGCAGCAGCAGGAGACCACAGCAGCGGCGAAGGAGGGCUGACGGUGGCGGCGCAUCUGGCGCGCGUGCACGCGCUGCUGGCGUACCAGGCGCUGCGGCUGUUCGACGGCGACGUGCGCGCACGGGCGCGGGCCGACGGCGAUGUCGACACGCUGUUCCGGUGGAGUGCGCAGAUGCACGCGGCGGCCGGGCGCUCGUUCCGCGACGGCUCGCUGCUGGCCUCGCUCGCCGCGCCACCGGACCCGGGCCGCGGUGCCCGCUUCUUCCCCUCGUCCGCUUCCUCCUCGUCGCCAUCCUCUGGCCCCGGCGGCGCCUUCGGUGGUCAGACGCAUACGACCAGGACGCUGUGGCACGCCUUCAUCCUGCUCGAGAGCGUGCGGCGGGCCUUCUUGACGGCCGAGAUACUGCAGCACACGUACCUGAUGCUGAAGCGGGGCUGGACCGAGUGCCCGGGCGGCGUGCCCGUCACGCUGCGGCGCGGGCUGUGGGACGCCGGGUCGGCGUACGCGUGGUCGCGGCUGGCCCUGGACGGCGGGGUCCGGAGCCCGCUGUUCAUGCAGAGCAUGUCCUCGGACCGCCUGUUCGCCGAGGCGGCGCCCGAGGACGUCGACGAGUUCGGCAUAGUGCUGCUGGGCAUCCACUUUGACGACGACAGGAUCGAGCGAUGGAUCGAUGAGAAACGGGGAGAGGAUGGGCGGGCUUGGCUGGGAUAUACUGCCCCAGGCCCUGAAGAGAAUGAACAAGCACUAUAA